GAAGUGGAUGUUUCCUGCGUUCACACUUUUUCCGCGUUUUCAACGUCGGGUAUUCUGUGCUUCUGUCUCCGGCCCGCUGCUUCUUUUUCUAAUUUUGCGCAGUGAAGCACAGCUGUACAGCGCUAGAAACUGCACAACCAAACGCUAAAGAGCUGUGCAUACUUUUCUAUGCUCCCGCAUGCAACGAGUGCUGCAGGGCGUACAGGAGGCAGCUAACUGCGUACUACGUCGAGUUUGGCUGUCGUCGAUGUCCCUUGAACGCGGGGACAUUCCUCGAAAAUAAGGGACCCUCCCCGCGCAGCGAUGAAGGGAAAAGGCAAAGGAUCCGGUUCGGAAGAGUGCCCGCUCCAGUUCCCAGACGUGAGCCCGUUGGAUCACUCGCAGGAGUGUCCCCGGUACGCAGCCAUAGCGCAGGGCGAUUCGGCGAUCGUACUGGAAGACCUCGAGCCGCUUCAACUCGAGCUCGAAACCCUCUUGGUGUCGGUGUGUGAGCGGAGGCGUCGACUGACGCACGAAACACAGUUGCUGGUUUCCUGGCAGGAGAAGAAGCUUCCCCUUGGACCCCCGUCCACACCUGGCAAGCGAAGUCGGGCAUCGCCGGACGGCAAACCCACCAAGAAGUUCAGAGACGGUGGGAAGGUGUUUACAGGAGGGCGUCCUCCCCGAAAGCAAGUAGGCUCUUCUGCUUCUACACUAGCGACCGGUGGUAGCCAGGAAGACGGGCCAUCGGCGGCUGCAGCGGCAGCCACACGCAACGACGCGCCCAACCGCUUCUGGGCUUCGUUGGAGCCUUACUGCGCUCAGAUCACGAGCGAUGAUAUCAGGGCCUUGGAGGACCUGAUCCGCGGGCGCGAAGACGAUGCAGAAUAUCAGCGUGUGCCCAUGCUCGGGCGGCACUAUGCGCAGCGAUGGGCUCAGGAAGAUCUUCUCGAGGAGCAAGGUCAAGGAGCCAAGGCUGGUGGAAGGUCUCCCCACCGUGCAGGCUGCGAGCUGACGGAGAAGGUGGUUCGUGGCGGCGCCGUGGCCAAGGAUUCGCUGGAGCCGAGCCCGUUGGGGAGCCUGACGCAGCGUCUGGUGUCGUGCCUGAUGGAAGAGAACCUCAUGUGCUCGGUGGAAGAGGCGGACGUUGGGGGAUCAGCGCCGCUCGUUCCCGCUCCCGGCCUGGCACAGCUAGAGCGGAGGGUGCGCAGAGAGCUGCGCGAGCAGGGCCUGCUCGCUGACACCGAUUCCCCAGACGACCAGGUUCUGGCUGAACUGCGUCGCUGCCAGGCCGAACUGCGCAGCGUGAGCGCACGCAACGGGUCCCAGCUGAACACCUUGCUGCGACGAGCCAGGGACAGCCUGGCACAGCAGGAAGUCGCCCGUAAGCUGCGCGCCGCCGACAACGAACUUCUGGAUGCGUUCCGGCGUCUGGCAGCCGCACGUCAGCGCAAGAAGAGCCCGUCCAAGAAGGACCGAGAGCUAGCUGCCAAGGCGCUGCGCGAUCGGCAGGCUCUGGCACGUCAGGCCGACCGCCUCCUGGCAAACUCGACCGCCCAGCGCUGAAGACGUCUCGACACAUUGCGGCGCGAAUGAGGACGCCGGUCGUGCUCAAAGCUGGAUGGGUUCGGUCUCGGAGACAGAUGCUACUGUGGGCAAGUGAGAGACCUUCCAUAGCUGUUAGUUUGUGCUCAAGAGUUCUAUCUCAGUUCCCACGAAGAAGAACGGCGUCGCAGCAUCGUGAUGAUUCAACGCUACUUGCUCGUGCCUUAAGCCAGUAGACCGAUCUUGCUAACUGUCAGGUGCAUGCGUGACGCCGCCGUAACCUUAGUUCUCAGGAGCCAGGCGGCAGUGUCCGACACAGCUCGUGCCGUCUCCUGUUCUGCACGUGCAAAGCAGCAACAAGGUACUUUGCAUGUGGAGAAAGGCUAAAAUGUCCUUGGUGCAUUGCAGCAGCGGCAAUGUAGCCAAACUGGCUGGUGAGAUUGGUCUAUUCUCUUGAGGUGUUUAGGGGUAAAGGUAUGUGGUGUUGAAUACUAUGUAUAGCAUUGGAGGCAUCUAGUGCUGCGGGCAGCUCAGAACUAAGAUGCAUGGAGCUGGAUUUGGAGAGUGCUGAAUAUGUGCGAGUGUAUAAAAUAUGUCUUGCUGAGGUCCAAAAAUGACCUACCUUGAAAUGCUGGGCAAGUGCCCACUCAAAAUUUGGUUAUAAUCGCAAAACAUUGGGGGAUGGGCGCUUGUUUGGGCGUCAGUUUUACAUAUAAAUGUACUGUGCAUACUUUCUCAGAUCUUACAAAUUUGGGAAUGGGCACUUAGUCUGGAAUGGGCAGAUGUGCGGUAUUCUAUGAUAUGACUGGAGAUAUCUGGUAUCUCGUGUCCAAGCUGUAGUUGGGCGCCAGGUAUGUUUUAUUCUUUGGCACUGAAGGUUGCUCAUAACUAGAGACGCAUGAUUCUGAAUAUUUUUAAUGUUUUAGACAAUGUUCUGAAGACAUCCAAAGCAAACGAUUUCUCACUCAUGGCAUUGGAUGUGUCUGAUGCUGGCACUCUGGAGUUCUAAAAACUGCUGAAGAUAUCCGACGACUCAAGAUAUGCGCCAUCGGGUGUUUCACUUUUGAAGGUGUACAGUUCAAAGAAAGGCUGAAAAUUGAGGACACUAUGAAAAUUCAUUUGCAGUGCCACAACAUGAAUUAGUAAAACAGUUUCAGAGUGGGGUAUUAUCAGAGACACAAGAACGUGUCAAUCCGUUCGUCUCUCUUGUUGGUACCACCUGGGGGUUUUAAGGAAAACCUUUAUACACGACACGUGCCUCUUCAACAUGGCGACAUUCCACCUGUGAACAACAGAAAACAGUUUUUUUGUGUUUUUUUUUGUCUGUGACUGCACAAACAUGUUGCUGGAAGUCUGUGGUAAUGAAUAUGUUUUAUGUUGAAAUAAUUAAUGAAGAUGUCCAUGGCUGAUUGUUUGUUUUUUGCAAAAAUGUGCAGUGUACACUUUCACAUUGUAUAGAGUACACCUAACUUGGAGAUGUGCAGGGCUGAUGUUUGAUAGUGAAAGUGGCGAAUGAUCGGUAGCAGCCUUGUUGAUGCAUGUGUCCGUGGGCAUGUUUUAGCGGAGAGCGUGCUUGGUGCUACCUACUUUCAGUAUUGACGGCAUUCAAUGGUGAACGCACAUGGUGCUGGGUCUGUAAAAGAUGUGGUCACUGCAUUGGCUUUCGGAAAAAUCUGUUGUAAGGUCACUGACUCAGGAUGAGCCGCUUAUUUUUUUUUUUUGUGUGUGUGUGUUUUUUGUGGUUUUGCUGUUCUGUAGCAUGGGUGUUUGCACAUUAUGCUGAAGGUUGAAAUUCUUGAAGAUUUCAUGUGUUCAGUGUCUGAGCACUGUGAAGGCAUCUUUUAAUUAGAAUAGCAUGUUUAUUUUUACACAAUAUUUGCUAUGUUCUCAGGACUUGGUAUAAGCUUCUUAAAAAAAAAAGGAGGGAGGUUUCCUUUUUUUUUUUUUUUAGUCUUGUUUUAUUGGUAAUUUUAUUUCUGCUCACAUCCCAAUAAAUUAAGAACUCUCAUUUUCUUUUUAUUUUCCUUUUGUUCAAGCACCACCAUUUUGUGUAAAUAUCUCGUACGAUCAUCUUUUCAUUGUGUCCUCUUUGCCGGUUUCAAUAAAUACGGACAAGAAAUCUCCGUUGUGACCUGAAUAGUUCACAUUUCCUUGCAUCUUCAAAUACGGUUUGCCUUGGUGCAUCAACCGUCCACUUUGUAAAGUACUAGGUCUCCCCCCCCCCCCCCCCCCCCAAAAAAAAAAAAAAAAAGAAA